AUGAAUAUGGACUUAUUUUAUGAUCGAAGAAGUGUCCGUUCAUACACUGGAGAAAAAAUUUCUGAGGAAGACAUUAAUAAAAUUAUUCGUGCUGGUUUUUAUGCUCCAACUGCAGUAAAUAAACAAGAAACUGAGUUUAUUAUUAUUAGAGAAAAAUCAGUAUUAGAAAAUAUCACAAAAGUUCAUCCCUAUUCUUCAAUGUUAAAAUCAUGUAGCCACGCUAUUGCUGUUUGUGCUAAUUUAAAGAAAGCUUAUACACCUGAAUACUGGGUUUGUGAUGCUUCUGCUGCUACCGAAAACAUAUUACUUGCUACUCAUAUGCUUGGUUAUGGGGCUGUAUGGCUAGGAGUAUAUCCAGAGAAGGAUAGAAUGGAAUCUAUAAAAAAACUUCUUCAAUUACCAGAACAAGUUGAAGUUCUUUCUAUAAUAUCAAUAGGAGUACCUAAAACUCAACAAAUAACAAGACCUGAAAGAUUUGAUGCAACUCGUUUACAUAACAAUAAGUGGUAA